AUUUAUGAAACAUUUUUUUUACAACAUAACAGACACUUUUUAACUUUUCAUUUUGACUUUUUACCACCAUCCGAGGAUAUCUCGAAGAUGAAUCGUCGUAUAUUUUGCGUCUCUUUGGAUCUUUUUUGUGAACUAUGAUCAGGAGAUCUUUUGUUUUCACCAGUUCACUAAAUAACAUCAACCAGUCAACACAUUGGAUCAAGAAGGAGACGUUUAUGUUUUAGUGUUCUGCAGUCCUGUUCACACUCAGAAUGGUGCGCAGCUCUUAACGAGACCUGAUAACCAUGACAAUGAAAAUAAACAAGAAGGGAUCUGAUUGGUCGCCGGAGGGUUGGGACCCCAACGCACGCCGUCUGAGCUACAGAAACAUCACCCUCAUCAAGGGCGACUAUGUCUGGUUGGACUUGAAGACCGGUCGGGAGUUCGAGGUGCCGAUCGGUGCUGUGGUCAAACUCUGUGACUCAGGACAGAUCCAGGUGGUGGACGAUGAAGGAAACGAGCACUGGAUCUCCCCCCAGAAUGCCACCAACAUCAAGCCAAUGCAUCCCACCUCCAUCCACGGUGUGGAGGACAUGAUCCGCCUGGGAGACCUCAAUGAAGCUGGAAUCCUCCGUAACCUGCUGAUCAGAUACAGAGAGAAACGAAUAUAUACGUACACCGGCUCCAUCCUGGUGGCCAUCAACCCGUAUCAGCUGCUGCCCAUCUACACGGCCGACCAGAUCCGCCUCUACACCAACAAGAAGAUCGGCGAAAUGCCGCCGCACAUCUUCGCCAUCGCCGACAACUGUUACUUCAACAUGCAGAGGAACAACCGCGACCAGUGUUGCAUCAUCAGCGGAGAGUCUGGAGCAGGAAAGACAGAAAGCACCAAACUGAUCCUUCAGUUCCUGGCAGCCAUCAGCGGUCAACACUCCUGGAUAGAACAACAGGUCCUGGAGGCCAAUCCUAUACUAGAGGCCUUCGGCAACGCUAAAACCAUCCGUAACGACAACUCAUCCCGCUUCGGGAAAUACAUCGACAUCCAUUUCAACAAGAGAGGAGCCAUAGAGGGAGCCAAGAUAGAGCAGUACCUGCUGGAGAAAUCCAGGGUGUGUCGACAGGCGUACGAUGAGAGGAACUACCACAUCUUCUACUGCAUGCUGAAGGGAAUGACUGCAGACGAGAAGAAGAAACUGGGGCUGAGUAAAGCCACCGACUACACCUACCUGACCAUAGGUCACUGUACGGUGUGCGACGGCCGUGACGACAUGAAAGAAUACUCCAACAUCCGCUCUGCCAUGAAGGUAUUAAUGUUCACUGACAAAGAGAACUGGGAGAUUUCUAAACUGCUGGCUGCUAUAUUACACAUGGGAAACCUCAGAUAUGAAGCUCGUACCUAUGACAACCUGGAUGCCUGUGAGGUGGUGCGCAGCCCUCACCUCACUACUGCUGCUACUCUGCUGGAGGUGGACGGGAAGGAUCUGAUGAACUGUCUGACCAGCCGAACUCUGAUCACCAGAGGAGAAACCGUCUCCACGCCGCUCAGCAUGGAACAAGCUCUGGAUGUACGCGACGCUUUUGUUAAGGGUAUUUACGGACGUUUGUUUGUGUGGAUCGUGGAGAAGAUCAAUGCAGCCAUCUACAAGCCUCCGUCCUCGCAGCCCAAAGUCAUGAGACGCUCCAUCGGACUGCUGGACAUCUUCGGCUUUGAGAACUUCACCGUCAACAGCUUUGAGCAGCUGUGCAUCAACUUCGCCAACGAGAACCUGCAGCAGUUCUUCGUCCGUCACGUCUUCAAGCUGGAGCAGGAGGAGUACAACCUGGAGCACAUCAACUGGCAGCACAUCGAGUUCACCGACAACCAGGAUGCUCUGGACAUGAUCGCCAUCAAACCCAUGAACAUCAUCUCGCUCAUCGAUGAGGAGAGCAAGUUUCCCAAGGGAACAGACACCACGAUGCUGAACAAGCUGAACUUUCAGCACAAAGUCAACACGAACUACAUCCCUCCAAAGAACAACCACGAGACUCAGUUUGGCAUCCAACACUUCGCUGGAGUUGUUUUCUACGAAACAAGAGGCUUCCUGGAGAAGAACAGAGACACUUUAUAUGGUGACAUCAUCCAGCUUGUUCACUCUUCUAAGAACAAGUUCAUCAAACAAAUUUUCCAGGCUGACGUCGCUAUGGGGGCAGAGACCAGGAAGCGUUCGCCCACUCUGAGCAGUCAGUUUAAGAGAUCUCUGGAGCUGCUGAUGAGAACUCUGAGCGUCUGUCAGCCGUUCUUUGUUCGCUGCAUCAAACCCAACGAAUACAAGAAGCCGAUGUUGUUUGACAGGGAGCUGUGUGUGCGUCAGCUGAGGUACUCGGGUAUGAUGGAGACCAUUCGUAUCCGCCGCGCAGGAUAUCCCAUCCGCUACACCUUUGUGGAGUUUGUCGACCGUUACCGGGUGCUCAUGCCUGGAGUCAAACCAGCGUACAAACAGGAGGACCUGAGAGGAACCUGUCAGAGGAUCGCUGAGGCGGUGCUCGGUAGAGAUGAUGACUGGCAGAUGGGAAAGACCAAGAUCUUCCUCAAGGAUCAUCACGACAUGCUGCUGGAGAUCGAGAGAGACAAGGCCAUCACCGACAAGGUCAUCCUCAUCCAGAAGGUGGUUCGAGGUUUCAAGGACAGAUCUAACUUCCUGAAGAUGAGGAAGUCUGCUGUGUUGAUCCAGAAGACGUGGAGAGGACAUCACUGUAGGAAGAACUACGGAGCUAUGCGAGCGGGAUUCUCUCGCCUGCAGGCUCUGGUUCGUUCCAGGAAGUUGUGCGCCUCGUAUCACGUUGCCCGCCAGCGAAUCACGCGCUUCCAGGGUCGCUGUCGGGGCUUCCUGGUGCGCCGGGCGUUCAGACACCGGCUGUGGGCCGUCAUCACCAUCCAGGCCUACACCAGAGGCAUGAUCGCCCGCCGGCUGUACAACAGGCUGAAGGGAGAGUAUCGAAGGAGACUCGAGGCGGAGAAGAUGCGUCUGGCUGAAGAAGCCAAACUGAGAAACCAGAUGUCUGCGAAGAGAGCGAAGGCCGAGGCCGAACGCAAACACCAGGAGCGUCUGGCUCAGCUGGCCAAAGAGGACGCGGAGCGGGAGAAGAGGGAGAAGGAGGAGGCUAGGAGGAAGAAGGAGAUGGUGGAGCAGAUGGAGAAGGCCCGUAUGGAGCCCGUCAACGACUCCGACAUGGUGGACAAGAUGUUCGGCUUCCUGGGGAUGUCCAGCUCUUUCCCUGGACAGGAGGGACAAGCCCCCGCUGGCUUUGAGGACCUGGAGCGGACCCACCAGGAGCUGGUGGAGGAGGAUCUGGAUGAGGCUCUUCCUCUGCCCGAGGACGACGAAGAGGAGGAUUUGUCAGAGUACAAGUUCGCCAAGUUUGCCGCCACCUACUUCCAGGGCACCACCACGCACACCUACGUCCGACGACCUCUCAAACAGCCGCUGUUGUUCCACGACGACGAGGGAGACCAGCUGGCUGCUCUGGCAGUGUGGAUCACAGUGCUGAGGUUCAUGGGAGAUCUACCGGAGCCAAAGUACCACACGGCGAUCAGCGACGGAAGUGAGAAGAUCCCCGUCAUGACCAAAAUCUACGAGACGCUGGGGAAGAAGACCUACAAGAGAGAGCUGCAGGCGCUGCAGGGGGAGGGGGAGCUCCAGACGUCUCACUCCGACAGCCACAAGAAGAACAGCGUCCGACACAAACUGGUGUCCCUGACCCUGAAGAAGAAAUCUAAGAUCACUGAGGAGGUCACAAAGCGCCUGAACGAUGGCGAGUACGGUCUCCAUGGCAACAGCAUGCUGGAGGACCGACCGACAUCCAACCUGGAGAAACUUCACUUCAUCAUCGGCAACGGGAUCCUGAGACCAGCACUGAGGGAUGAGAUCUACUGUCAGAUCUGUAAGCAGCUCAGUCAGAACCCGUCUAAGAGUUCUCACGCUCGCGGCUGGAUCCUCAUCUCUUUAUGUGUCGGCUGCUUCGCUCCGUCGGACAAGUUCGUCAAGUAUCUGAGGAACUUCAUCAGCAGCGGGCCGCCGGGUUACGCUCCGUACUGUGAAGAGAGACUGAGACGAACCUUCGUCAACGGGACGAGAACACAACCUCCGUCCUGGCUGGAGCUGCAGGCCACCAAGUCAAAGAAACCCAUCAUGCUGCCGGUGACGUUCAUGGACGGCACGACCAAAACGCUGCUGACGGACUCGGCCACCACGGCCAAGGAGCUCUGCAACGCCCUGUCUGACAAAAUCAACCUGCGGGACCGCUUCGGCUUCUCGCUCUACAUCGCGCUCUUUGACAAGGUCUCCUCUUUAGGCAGCGGGAACGACCACGUGAUGGACGCCGUGUCGCAGUGCGAGCAGUAUGCGAAGGAGCAGGGAGCCCAGGAGAGGAACGCCCCCUGGAGGCUGUUCUUCAGGAAGGAGAUCUUCACGCCGUGGCACUGCCCCGCCGACGACCAGGUCGCCACCAACCUCAUCUACCAACAAACCGUCAGGGGCGUCAAGUUCGGAGAAUACCGCUGCGACAGGGAUGACCUGGCAGAGCUGGCCUCGCAGCAGUAUUACGUCGACUACGGUUCAGAGAUCCUUCUGGAGCGUCUGCUGAGCCUCAUCCCGUCCUACAUCCCCGACAGAGAGAUCAGCACCUCCAGGACGGUGGAGAAAUGGGCUCAUUUCAUCAUGGCCGCCCACAAAAAGGGAAUUUACACCCAGAAGAGGUUUGACCCUCAGAAGGUGAAGGAGGAAGUUGUGGACUUCUCUCGCCACAAGUGGCCUCUGCUCUUCUCUCGUUUCUACGAAGCCUUCAAGUUCUCAGGUCCCAGCCUGCCGAAAAACGACCUGAUCGUCGCCGUCAACUGGACCGGCGUUUAUUUUGUAGACGAGCAGGAGCAGGUCCUCUUAGAGCUCUCCUUCCCAGAAAUCACUGCGGUUUCCAGCAGCAGGGGAGGGAAGCUGCAGGGUCAGAGUUUUAUUCUGGCGACCAUCAAAGGAGAAGAGUACACCUUCACCUCCAACAACGCCGAGGACAUCCGCGACCUGGUGGUGACCUUCCUGGAAGGUUUGAGGAAGAGGUCAAAGUUCGUGGUCGCGCUACAGGACAACCCCAACCCCAUUGGGGAACAGUCCACGUUCCUGAGCUUCCUGAAGGGGGACCUGAUCCUGUUGGACCAGGACACCGGCGAGCAGGUCCUCAACUCCGGUUGGGCGCACGGCAUCAACGAACGAACCAAUCAGAGAGGAGAUUUCCCGGCCGACUGCGUCUACGUCCUCCCCACCAUGACCCGACCUCAGCAAGAGAUAGUGGCGCUGGUAACCAUGACGCCAGACCAGCGGCAGGAGUCAGUCCGUGUUUCACAGCUCGUCAUGCCGGAGAGCGACGACAGAAUGAAGCCGUACACGCUGGAGGAGUUCUCCUACGACUACUUCAGACCUCCUCCCAAACACACCCUGAGCAGGGUGAUGGUCACUAAGAAUCGUGGGAAGGACAAGAUGUGGAGCUGCACCAGAGAGCCGCUCAAACUGCCGCUGCUGAAGAAGGUCGUCAACCACGAGGAGCUCGCUCAGGACGCCUGCAUGUCCUUCAUAGCUAUGAUGAAGUACAUGGGCGACUACCCGUCCAAGCGGACACGCUCCGUCAACGAGCUGACGGAUCAGAUCUUUGAAGGAGCUCUGAAGGCCGAACCUCUGAAAGACGAGAUCUACUGUCAGAUCAUCAAACAGCUGACUGACAACCACGUCAAGUACAGUGAGGAGAAAGGCUGGGAGCUGCUGUGGUUGUGUACUGGUCUGUUUCCUCCCAGUAACGUGCUGCUGCCGCACAUCCAGCGCUUCCUCCAGUCCAAGAAACAUCAUCCGCUGUCUGGAGACUGCAUGCAGAGGCUGCACAAAUCGCUACGCAACGGAUCUAGGAAGUACCCUCCUCAUCUGGUGGAGGUGGAGGCCAUCCAACACAAGACGACCCAGAUCUUCCACAAAGUUUAUUUCCCUGACGACACAGACGAGGCGUUUGAGGUGGAGUCCAGCACCAAAGCGAAGGAUUUCUGCCAGAACAUCUCGACCAGACUGCUGCUCAAAUCUCCUGAAGGCUUCAGCCUCUUCGUCAAGAUCUCAGACAAGGUCAUCAGUGUGCCAGAGGGAGAUUUCUUCUUUGACUUCGUCAGACAUUUAACAGACUGGAUCAAGAAAUCUCGACCAGCUAAAGACGGAAUCGUUCCCUCUCUGACCUAUCAGGUGUUCUUCAUGAAGAAGUUGUGGACCAACACGGUUCCAGGGAAGGACUCCUUCGCCGACUCCAUCUUCCACUACUACCAGGAGCUGCCUAAAUACCUGCGCGGCUACCACAAGUGUUCACGUGAAGAGGUUUUCCAGCUGGCGGCGCUCAUCUAUCGCGUCAAGUUCGAGGACGACAAAUCUCACUUUCCUACAAUUCCCAAGAUGCUCCGGGAGCUGGUUCCCCAAGAUCUCAUCCGUCAGCUGUCACCCGACGACUGGAAAAGAUCUGUAGUUGCGUACUUCAACAAGCAGGCUGGUAAAUCGAGGGAAGAAGCCAAACUGAUGUUCCUGAAGAUUAUCUAUAAAUGGCCGACCUUUGGCUCCGCCUUCUUUGAAGUGAAGCAAACCACAGAACCAAACUUCCCAGAAAUCCUGCUGAUCGCCAUCAACAAGCACGGAGUCAGUCUCAUCGACCCCAAGACCAAGGACAUCCUGACCACACAUCCCUUCACCAAGAUCUCCAACUGGAGCAGCGGGAACACCUACUUCCACAUCACCAUCGGCAACCUGGUCAGAGGAAGCAAACUGCUGUGUGAGACGUCGCUGGGCUACAAGAUGGACGACCUGCUGACCUCCUACAUCAGUCAGAUGUUGACGACCAUGAACAAGCAGCGCUCCGGUCGGGGCCACAACAAGUGAACUUCUUACUGGCAGGAGGCCGCCGAGCUCAUCCGGCUCUUGCGCCCUAUUGGCCAGCACUGCAGCUGGGGGCGGAGCUUCGCCCACCAGCUGUGGAGGAUGAGCCGCAGUCCUUCUGCUAGCUCGGAAGGGUCGAAGCUCACCGGGGAGAGUUCGGCCGUUGGCGGCGACGAUGACGACCCUGGCGAAGGCCCCAGCAACUACUACCACUACAACUACAAUAACGAUGAUGAUGAUGAGGAUGAGCCGUCCAGUGAGGAUGACUACCUCUAAAAGCUCCGUCCAACAGAUGUUCGAUCUUCCUGGUUCAGGUUGAACUGAGGACUCUUUAGUUUAGUUGGAAGGUUUGAAACUUUAGCUUCUGCCGUCGUUCUCUGGACGCGGCGAGGUCGGUUUGACGCUUCCUGCAUUCGUGAACAUAACUGCUGGUUGUUUUUGUUCUGUUGGUACAAUAAAUCGUCUCAGUCGGUGUGUUUACAUGUCGUAACCUGCUCUGACCUCAUUCUGCAAGCGUGGCGGAGUUGAACUGUUAGACGACGCUGCUUUCUUUGUUUUUCUGGUUUGCAGCAGCCUGAAGGCGGCAGUAGACGCCAUCAGAAGUGCUUCGUCGUCAUACUCCUCCUCCUCCUCUGUGUGGGACCAUUUCUGUAACUUUCUAAACCUACAUUCAACUAUUUAUGUCACUUUCCAUGUGAACAACUGAGUGCAACACUAUGAAUAUCUUUUCGCUCCACCUUCAUGUGUUGCUGUUCGAUACAGAUAUAAAUGUCGUCAGAACUAGUUCUGAUCGAGCAUAAACUGACCCCGACGGUGCAGCGAGACUUCGGAUGAAUAUAUUUUAAAUAAGAGGACGCGUCGCUUCGCUGUGUUUUCUCUGUGUGUCUGAACAUGUGUACUUGUAAAAGGCUGAUUAUAAACUCAGCUCCAAGAGAAAUCUACCGUUUACAUGACCAUCAGGAAAUCAGCUGACUGGAGAAAGUCGACUGUAACCUGAGUUACUGCAGAUUACACGUUUACACCAUAACUGUGAUAUAAAGGAUCAGUCUGGUGAUUUUCUAUAAUUUUCUUAUUGUCAAUAAUCUCAUGAACUGAUUUACU